AAGGGGCCCUCUCUCAGGGCUUCAGUGAGUGCUGGGGGUUGGGCCAGGACUCAUUCAAUGAUUGUCACAUCCUGUGGGAAAUGUGCUGUCAUCUUUGCUGCCCUCCCUGGAGUUGAGUCACAAAACCUUGCUGCUCAUUGAAACCUAGGUGUGUGCUUUAAAGAUUGGUACAUCAAUGCUCUGCAGUAUUCAUGGAGUUACUAUAAGCUUUGUCUGAUCCCCUUAGAAGCAAGACUACUCCAAGAAGUGAAGAGUGAUGGCAUCUGUGUUCCAAAGUGUCGGGGCUACGGUUGGCUGGAGGAGCCACCAGCUACUGGCUGACUUUGAGAAUGAGAGCCCAGUGCCUGACAAAUUUAGAAAGAAGCCUUCUUCAAGCGCUCUCAAUACCCUCCGCAUGUCUCUGAGAAAGCGAAUGCCCUUAAAGCAAGUAGAGAUAAACAUCACUGAGAAUCCAACUUGGGAAAGUUUGGAAGCGAAAGAGAAGCGACAAAGCCUCCGAGCUAUCACAAGAACAGCAAAAAAUGCCUUUGGAACAGUGUCCCAGAAAAUACAGAAGUCCUGCCAAAAGCGCACGCAGUCUCUAGUCAUCUCUCCAGUUAAAGCCCCUGCAAGGAGAAAUGGGGACACUAGCUCUGCCACGAAGAGAAGCACUUCACCUCGAACUCCUAGUCGGAAGAAUAGGCUGGCCACAAUGACCACCCCAUUGUCUGGUCCCAGUUGCACCGCCAGGUCCAGCAAGAGAGCCUCCCUUUCAUCCAGAUCUGCAAAGAGCUUGGUGGGGAAAGAAUGGAGGAGUUUCUCUUACUGGCUUGGAAAAGAAGCUGUCCCUCUCCGGAGAUCAAGGAGAGCAGCUGCUCUAAAGAGCCCGUACUCAUCACCUAUGCCUGCCAGCAGAAAGAGAGAGUUUGACUGCGAGUUAGAAUCAGUCUCUAUGGGAAUUCGCCGCCUGAAACGUCUUUCUCAGGUGUUCGAUGAUGUCAUUGUGAGAGAGGAGAGAGAACAAGUGAUAUCAAAUUAUCAGCAUCUAAUGGCACAAAACUUGCGAUCUGUGCAUCGGUCUCGGAAACUCUCCCAAUCUGCUUUUAGACGGCGUGCAAGGAGGCUCCAGCAUGCAGUCAGCACUUGGACGGAGAUGGCCUUAAACAGUAUUAACAAUGUGUGAGCAAAUGAAGGAUUAACUAUCUAUGUGAGUUGGAGGGGUGUAUUGUCUGUUUGGAUUUAGGUGACUGUGCUUUGAAUAAGCCAUUAACUGUUUUUAGAAUACUACCUUUCAAUUCAGCUCAGGUCUUUCCUUCUAUGGACUUCUCCUGCCAAUGGUGCAGGGAUUAUAUUAAAAAGUAUAUCACAUGACAACCCCUAUGGUAUUGCCCAGCAAUGGAACAGUAAACUGAACUCACUUAACCAAUACUUUCAAAUUAGACAGGCAUGGUCUAGUGUAUUGAACUUUAGGGCUAGACUAAAUACUAUUGAAUGAUUUUAAGGAAAGGCAAUAGCAUCUGUGAUUUUGGGAUACUUAAGUCCUCAACAUCUCCUGGGGGAGGUAUAGGAAGCAAGUUUCUACAGAGCUUUGAAAACUGAAAAAGCACCAAAGCUUAUGCUUUUCCAAAGUGCAUGAAUUUCAAUGGGAUUUAGUGGCCUUUGAAGACUUUAUGCUGUGGGACAAAACCAUAGUAUACAAAGUGGUGUCAGGCUGUGACUUCAGUUACUGUGGGUUGACAUCAGAAUUCUGUAAUUACUCCAGAGUGACACUGGAAUUAAAGAAAUGACUGCCAAAGUGAAUUAAGAUAAAUAGAAUCCAGGCAACUUUAAUUCUGAAUAAGUGUGUCCAUACAGGAAUUUAAUACUAUUUAACUACUCCAUGCCUUUGUUUGUUCAGAUUAGCUUUCCUGAAUGUGCCUGUGUAGAUUGAAAUCAGAAUGUGUGACCCCCAUACAGCUCACAGGGUUUGAUUGACUAAUGUAACUAUUCCAUUUUAACUAGUUUCAUUUGUCAUUCAUGCUACUGCUAUAAGACCUCAACAGCUGAGGUAAAUAUUGCUCUUGGAACAGGUACACACAACUGAAGACACUAACAGUUAAUAUAUUAAAGUUGGAGGUAACGCUUGUUGCUUAACAUAAUUUUGUGCAGUGGCACUAGUUAAGUGUUUUAAUAGCUUUAACAUUUUUAUAGCAAAAGGAGAUCAGGCUCUAUAAUAGACAUAAUCUUAGUUUAGCAAAAAUAUUAAUUCUCUAACAUUUCAACAAAGCAAAGGAGGUCUGUUUUCCAUAAACCUCUAGAACUCAGCACCAAUGCUGUUCUUUGAACUAUAGCUUUUUUCUAAAGAGAAUAAGUAAACAAGGGGGUGUGUUUGCCUUUAAAGCAAUCUGUCAGUGUGCUACUACAAAAUAUUGACAUUUAGAAUUUUUAUGCCUGUUUGUGUGAAUUCUGUUGCCACUUAAUGAUAGAUUUCAGAUGGCUACAAUAUUGUCCUGCUUCAUUCUCCCUAAAGUAUUCUAGUAGUAGUGAAGUCCAAAUUUUGUAAGCAAUCCUGCCCCAUCUAUAUUUAAAUUAAGAUUAACUUUUUUUUUUGCCUGUUGACAAACCAGACUGUUGAAAAGGUAAAACUUUGUAACAAUGGGGUGGAACCCCUUCCUAUUUGUAUUUAAAAAGUAGAUAGGGUUUAUUGUUUUAAAGGGCUUUUAUUUGAAGUUUUACUUGUAUGUAGUGAUCCUUGACAAAAUAGACUUUUCAUAAUAGUGAUGUCUUGCUGAAUUCUAUUUUCAGACUCCCUGCCCCUUUAAGAAAAAUCUCAACCACCAUUCACCUCGUAAGUGGGAGAAAUGUAUGUUCUUGCUAUUUCUUAAAUGCUUUAUGUGCAUUGAGUAUUGAUUAUAGGUUUUGAGUAACUAAUUUAAAAUCAAGGGGACUGCCUGGGGUGUGGAACUAAGGGACAAAGAACCCACAUUUUGGAAUAUAGGGUCAAAUCCUGCCCAUCUCCUUUUUCUUCUUGAAGCUCAGCUGGCAAUGCUGCCUUACAGCAGGUGAGGAGCUAGAGUUUUCUAUUCUGACUAAGUGCAGGGUAGUUUUAAGCAGCUGUAUCUAACUGCCAUUUGGUACAUCUUGGAAGUGUACCCAUUCUGAACAGGUUGAUCAGGUGCAUAAUGCCUGGGGAACUUUCCCACACCAAUGUAAAGAAAAGCCCACAAUGCUAUCCACUUAAAGGCAAAGAAGGUUUUUAUUUAAGUGACUAGCUUUUUAUAAGAUUUUUAAAAACCAGCUCACAUCAAAAUCUAGACCAAUUGUAAAAAUCUUACUCCUUAGUUCAUAAUAUUUUAAGAAAUUCAUUAUUGUACAUUUUUUUAAAUUUUUACAAGGCAGCCAUAAGAAAUAUAAACAUUUGUCACCAUAGAUAGAACCUUCCCACUGACACACUAUUUAAAAGUAUACACUUCGUAAAACUGUAGACUCAAAGACCAUGUACAAUUUCAAGUCUCCUUACAGGGAUUGUUAUCAGUAGACAUUUUGUUUUCCCACAUAAAUAGAAAAAUAAGUAGGGGUUGGGGUUAGGGUUCUGCUAUGAGACUGCCAUUCCUGAUCCUUCUAGACCCAGAAGUAUCUUUCAAUAUUUAGAACUUGCCAUUUUCCUUUU